CUCUGCCUGCAAUGCUCUACAGCUGCCUUGUCCCACACAACCCGAGCAAACGGUUGUCGUCUUCAGCACGGGACAGAUCCCCGAACCCUCUCACUGCAGCAUGGCGACAGAGUUCCAUAACCUCCAGGAGAUGCGGCACAGUGCAUCGCUGGUAAUGAAGGUGUUUAUACAAAGAGAUUACAGCGAAGGAACUGUGUGUCGAUUUCAGACCAAAUUCCCCUCAGAGCUUGACACAAGGAUUGAAAGAACUUUGCUUGAGGAGACGGUGAAGACCCUGAACUCUUAUUAUGUGGAAGCUGAAAAAAUUGGAGGUCAGUCAUACCUGGAAGGAUGCCUGGCUUGUGCAACAGCUUACAUCAUCUUCCUCUGCAUGGAGACACGUUAUGAGAAGGUGCUGAAGAAGAUAUCGGGGUACAUCCAGGAGCAGAAUGAGAAGAUCUACGCCCCAAGAGGUCUUCUGCUAACAGACCCCAUAGAGAGAGGAAUGAGAGUUUUGGAAAUUAGUGUGUUUGAAGACCGAGUCUCAGGCAGCUCCAGCCCCAGCAGCACCAUGUCAUCCAGUAGCACUGCUCGGUGACUGGAGGGGCAGCACCAGGCUUACGGGUACCACCACAGGGGCAGCGGGACACUUACCAACAUCCGCAUGCUGAAACAUGAGAGCACCAGGUUCUAGGGCAAGUGAAGAGAAAAAAGGCAAGGAGGUUUAUCCAUCCCCACUCUAUCUGCUGGGGCCUUCAACUUAUCACCUUGAGAAGAGGAGCUGACUUAUACAAACACGCUGGAUACUUCCAAGAGUAAAAACAAGUGCAACACAACCCACACACGAGCAUGAGACACAACACUUCAAAAGUUAUCCAAACCAGAAUGAUUAUUUCUUUAUUUAAUUUUUUGUGUUCAUCUUUUCUCAUUCCAUCAUGUUUGGUUCCAUGAGUGCCAUCAUCUUUGUGUUGUAGCUGAUUUAUCAAGCAAUGCGAUUUCUUUCAGGGGUCACUGUCUUUAUGUUUAUCUGCUGGUACAUCUACAGUGUCUUAGUAAAUUUCUGCAGUGGCUGUGACAUCUAAAAGGAAGAAAACUGCCAACCACCUGGGAGACACAAUGCUCUCUGUUCUAGCUGAAUGACUGCAUUCAUAUCAGGUGGUUGAGCUUAAGCCACUUUGAAUGGUGGCAAAUUGGGUCUACCAUGGGACCAUGCUCUGUUCAUUUGUGUUUGGCUUCAAUAUCAAACCGCUAACAGAGAGAAACUUGAAUUAUUUAUCCUUCUUAUUCAUUGUAGUCAAUACAAGUGAUCCACAACACAGCUGUAGGUCACACUCCUGCACACACACACACAUGUACAUAUGCAUACAAAUGCACAAAACCAUGUCUGAGCACUCAGACAUAUCCGGAUGGGGACAUGUGUGCACAUGAGUAUAUACUGACAGACACACACAUACCUGUAACUUUCUGCUACACACUCCUGCACACACAUUGAUGUCUGUUGAAUUUAAGUCAACCGAACCAGAAAAUAUUCUCUGUGGUCUCAGCUCAUUGGGAACACAUGCAAACACAGGCCCCAUUAGGCUGUGCUUGGUUCCCCUGGAACUGAGUUCAUGUAUCUGGUGUUCAUGUGUGUGUGCCAGUGCCAUCAGUCCUAGCUUUGUGUCAGAUGAAAGUUUAAGGAUCUUGAAGAUGUCAAAGAUCAACGCCCUGAACAGGCUUCUGAGCAAGUGUGUGGGCUGUUAUCACUAAAGCUCAAAACUGUAUAGGGAUUAAUAAGACAGAUGUGGUUUUAUGAAUGUGGGAGCAACCAGGAGAAUCAACCUACAUAGACUUAGACCCAAACCUAAACCUCUUACAGCCUGCCUUUAUGGUUGUCAUGUAGAUAUGAAUUACAUUUAAUUAAAGGAAAUAUUAAAUAAAGACAGCAAAAUAUAAAUGUCUGCAUUGCAGUGGGUGUAACUUUUACACUUCUAGAAAUGAAAUGUUGAUGCAGAUAAAGAUUUCACAAUAAACCACUUGUUUUUAGAAUGAAACACAAUUUUAGCUCCCUCUAUUGUCAAACUGACAAAAAUCUAAACUUCUGAAAAGUUGAAUUACGCAAAACAAAUGUUUAGAAAAGAAAUCUAAUAAUUUGAGCUAUUUUAAGGCACUUAUACAGUAAAACCUAAUAAAACAUGAAAGCAGCUUGACUAAUGUGCAUUUGACUGUGUGUCCAGAGACUAAUGAAAUUAAAUAUGAUCACUAUUUUGCAAUAACUUGAUUUCUAUAGACAGCAGCAACACUAACACAAAGGAUGGAAACGUCAACCCUGCUUCAGUGUCUGCAUAUGUCAUUACUUUGUUGCUGCUGUGUUCAUUCUCUUUAUUAUUUUACCAUUAUAAGUUUUUUUUUAUUAAUUUUUUUUAAAACACACCUUAUUUUAUGUCUUAGCUCCAGAAGUGUUGCCUUUCACCUUCUUUCAUGGCAGUUGUUGGCUAAGAUCAGACCCCUCAGCAGAUAAGCGUGGGCUAAAAAGUCAAACUACUCACUGGGAAAUCAUUGCAGAACAGAUGAAGUUUUGCUUAAUUCCUGUAGGUAGUUUUUUUCAGCUUUUAUCACUUUGGUGAUUAAGUGUAACCCACACAGAUGUUUUACUGAAGCAGUUGAGUUCAGCUGUGCUUUUGUUCAGCCUCCUGUGCUUUUUUUUUGAUGCCUUCAUGUUUCAUCCCGGUGGAAUGGAUAUCCAACCUGGGGCUAAUGGACUGACUAGUUUAAAAAUGACUCAACACUGCCAAUAAGCCACUAAAAGAGCUCAUUGGACAAUGUAUAAAGAAAAAAAAUACAGUGUCAAUGACCUGUACAGGAAAAGAACUGUACUGUAUGUGCUUGCUUAACUACAAAGUUUGUGGACUGUAGCAAAGGUGGAUGGAAAUGCCAUGAAGCUAAUUAAUUCCAAAACUUCAUAACUGCCCAGUAUUAGUCAUCAUGAAUACAGUGAUGUGAAAAAGAAAGUACAACUUCUUUCAAUUCUAAGGUUUCACAUUUUAGGAUAUUAAUAACUAAACAAUCUUGUCAAUACCAAGUCCUAAAAUCAGAUAAACACACAACAUAUUACACUGUUUAUUUACCAUAAAUGCUGAUAUAGUGUGUGAAAAACAAAGUAAACAUGAUUCAGUACCUAGCUGAAUCUCCUUUAGCAGCAAUAAUUUAGUCUUUGUACAGCAGUCUCACUAAAGAAUGUAGAAAGAUUGUUUGGGAAUUACCUGAUAACCGGUCCCAGAAUGAUGGGCAUCAACUGCUUCGCUAAGAUCAUUGCAGAUGUCUUUCCUCCUUGGUGUUAUAUUACCACGUCUGAAUGCUCAAACAGCAAACUACCUACAUGUAAGCAUUGAUUAAAAUUUACACUAACAGCCCCUGGCUGCUCUGCUCUCUGAAUUCUUAUGGAGCAGUAAGGCUGUACUUAAUUUCAUACACUGAAUCUGCAUUUUUACUUGCUUUAUAUCAAUUAGACAAUGAUACACUUUUUGUUCAAAUUAGUUUUUUCUUCUUUUUAAACUAAUUUUAAGACCUGGUAAGAACCAGAUGACUUUUUUGUAUAAUGAACUCAUACAUAAAACCUUAGAAUUAAAUAAGAGGUGUACUUUGAUGCAACCUACUAUCAUCAGGCCUCAAGUGAAUGAGCAGCUACAAAAAAACACUGUCUGUAGAGCUGCUAAAUGGUCUUGUGUGUAACCGAGUCAUGUUGUUUAUAAUGUAGCUUAUGAUAUUGAUGCCAUUGAAAGAAAUAUAUUUACGUUAGUAGUAAUGAGAUCAUACAAUGAUGAUGAUGAUGCUCAGGGAAAAGUCUAAACAUGCCAAAUUCAGUAGAUUUUAAGGGAAGGGUUCAUGUAUAGCCAUGCUAGUUGCUGUAGUGAUGCUAAUGCUCUGUCAGUAGGUCUUUAGUGAGCUUGAAAUAUGUGGUUUCACAUAGAAUGUUUAACCGUAUUUAGUGACGGAUUCCUGCAACUUUCAAUUCAAACAAUCAUGAUCUCAGGAUUAAUUGUAAUGUUUUUGUGAUCCCUCAACUUUUUGACCAAAUGACUAGAAAUUCAUCCGCAUUUUCACCAACAUCAUUUAGGGCCAGUUGGCGUUAGUGAAACAGGCAUUAUUAUACCUUUAAUGUUUUUUCUGAAUGGCUGGCUGUUUCAUGCAUGAGCCAUUCACAUUCCGGCCAGCUAAAGACACUGCUCCUAUAAUGAAAGAAAGUAUUUUCUGCAGUUCAGACCCAUGUUUGAGUUAUUUAACAUCAUCACUGUUUUGGAAAUGUCCACCAAGAUCUUUAGAAACUAUAGGCAGCUGUUCUGACCAAUGAGAACAGAGUGUAGCUGUCAGGACAAAGGUCUUUCAAAAUUGAAAUUAAAAAAUACUAUAACAAAACCCUUGAGACAGAAGUUGAUUGUGUGUGUUUUUUUUUUUUUUUUUUUUUUUUUUUUUAUAUAUAUUAAGGUAUACAGCUAUUCUACUAGACCCGCAAAACAUUUCCAACCUGUAUGUGGGCAUAAUAUGGAUAUGAUGAAAAUCUCAACAAAGAUGGUAAAAACUUUACCUGCUAAAUCAUAGCAUCGUUACCACUGCUACCAUCGUUACUACCUCACAAGCAUUAGCAUUUAGUUCAAAGUACUGCAGUGCCGAAGAGCAGCAUCACAAAGCAGCCAGCAUGGCUGUACAGUUCAACUUUACAUAUGUCUGAAACCUUGAAAACCAAUUUCUGGACAAGUUAGUGGAAUAUUAGGACAGACUUAAACAGAAAAGAAAGAAAAAAGAUAUACUUAAACAUUUUACAUCUAAAAUGAAAAUGUGCCACUUUCAAUAUUCAGCUUUUUGUAGCUUGUUCAUUCAGGGAGGACAGCCAGAAGAUCAUAAUGCAGAGCAGGUUCAGGUUUUAUUACCUUUGCCAUGCUAGGUAUGACUGCUUGAUUGCCAUGCCAUGCUGCAGGAUUACCUUUUAGCCAAAACUUGGACUUGGAAGUAAGGCUUAGAUAUGAACUGUGUGCCAACCAGUGAUGUGUAGUUCAAUUUUUAUGUAAAGUUUUACGUACAUAUCUAUCUUGUACUGUAUUUGAGAUGACAUAUUGUCAUCAGUAAACAGCUAAUAAAUGGUUAAUAUGCUGUGAUGAGAGAUUUUUUAACCUGAUGUCUUCCUAAAAAUAUUGAAGAUAAGUAGAAUCUUUGAGUUGCUCUGAGCCCUGACUUUUUUUUUUUUAACCUUGGGAGUUUGAAAGUACAUUGAUAUUUUAUGCUGCAUGAUGUGUGUGUAAACAAAGCAAGUACCAGAUGACAAGAGAAAUCCCUGAACAGCAAAGUCCCCAGUUGUACUGCUGAGAAAAAAGAAUUUAUACUUUGAUGCUAUUUAUGUGUUUAUGUAUGGAUAUUUAUAUAUUCAUUAAAAUUGAUUUAUGUA